AUGGGAUUCAAAGUCGUCAUCGUCGGGGGCAGCGUAUCGGGCCUGUCCUUGGCCAACAUGCUUGAGAAGUCCAACAUCGAAACCGGCUAUCCCCAGAUCUUUAUCGACCGGCAGAUGCUCCUGCAGGUUCUCUACGACAACCUCCAUUUUAAAGACAGAGUCUUGACACGUAAACGCGUUAUCCGUGUGGACACAGUCGAAGGUUGUGUACACGUUCAGACCGAAGAUGGCUCUAGAUACGUAGGAGACGUUGUUGCUGCCGACGGUGUCCAUAGCGCAGUCAGAAAAGAAAUGAGGCGGAAUGGCCUCGAAUCAGAUCCUGAACUAUUUCAGGCCGGCAAGGACGAUGGUUCGUAA